UCAUACACACACACAUUUUCAUGCAUGCUGCUUCUGUCACACACCUUCACCUUGUGCUGCCGCUCCAUCUACACGUGCACAGACUCCUUCUGCAAAGGCUGAGAGGUGCCCCAUCCUUUGACUUGUCCUCCAAACAUUUAUGGAGCCACUUACACUACGACCGGACCCGACCACUGUCAGCCACCGGUGGAGUCCCUCGGAUGAGAGUAAGGCACAGCUACCUGCAAGAUCUCUCUAUUGACCCCCACCCUCCUCAUCUCAUCUCCUCUACAUUCAUUCAUCCCUCGUUCCCCCUGCUGUGAGGCAGCAUGCACGGCUGAAGGACACAGCGCUGCGCUCAACUAGUGCAAGUGAUCGGAGGGGUUAUGCCAGAAGAGCUGGAGAGAGAGCCUGGAAUCAAGGCACACUCCAUUCAUCAGACAACGCGUCCCUUCACAGGCUUGCAGACCUAAUAACUCAGGCCGGACAAGACUCCUUCAUCUACUUGUCUUGCUCUGACAUGGUCAGAAAUGGAAAAAUUUUAUUGGUGAAGGACACAAGGUGAAGUGUUGAUAUCUGGACAAUUUUUAUUCAGACUCAGCUGUUAAAGUAGGAUACCUUUGAUUUGUGUUUGGUCUCAUAAUGUGGCGGAUGGUUCAGUGUCCUUUUUGGACUUGGUCGAGCUGAACUUGACUGGAGCCGGAAGUGCUCUCGGAGGACUUUGAGGAGUAAAAGCGACAUGCCUUUUCCUAAAAGAAGAACAGCAACUUCCACCCAAAAAAGAAUUGAUUGCUUCACCCUUUUCCCUGGCUGUCAUCAAAUUUGCAUGGGAUUUUAAAGUAGCCACCCUGAUUUCUUCUCUGUUUUUUGUAUCUUCCUCCUCAUUUCUUUUGCUGUCCAGAAUCAGAACCCCUACUUCUUUUUCUGUUCUGCUACUUUUCUUUAGCAGUAAUUCAUCGCCCUGGGUGAGCAGGUGGUGGGGGUGGCCCCUGGAACCCCUGGACACCUGGGCGCCACCGAGCCACCAAAGGCCGGCGAGGCAAGGUAAGGCUCGGUGCUGGGAAGAUGGCCGCUCUUGCCAGCUCCCUUAUUCGCCAACGAAGGGAGGUCAAGGACCCCCAAGCAAACCGACAGAUUGCCAGCAAGCGCAAACCCUGCCCAAAAAGCAACAAGUCACUCUGCCAGAAACAAAUCCUCAUAUUAAUAUCAAAAGUUCGACUAUGUGGCAGUCGAGGGAGAAAAAUGGAAAAAAGACCCGAGCCCCAGCUGAAGGGCAUUGUCUCACGGCUCUACUGCAGACACGGAUUCUACCUCCAGAUGCUGCCGGAUGGCACCAUGGAAGGCACAAAGGACGAAAGCAGCUCCUUUUUGCAGUUCAACUUGAUUCCUGUGGGACUCAGGAUAGUGGCCAUCCAGAGCACCAAGACGGGGCUCUACAUCGCCAUGAACAGCGAGGGCUACCUCUACACCUCGGAACACUUCACACCGGAGUGUAAGUUUAAAGAGAGUGUCUUUGAGAACUACUACGUCACCUACUCGUCCAUCCUGUACAGACAAACCCAAUCGGGGCGAGCCUGGUACAUCGGCAUCAACCGGGACGGGCAAGUCAUGAAGGGGAACCGCGUCAAGAAGACCAAGGGUGCUGCUCACUUCCUACCCAAGCUAAUUGAAGUGGCGAUGUACAGGGAGCCCUCCUUACAUGAUGUUGCUGAACAGAGUCCACCUAGAAAAACACCCAAGACCUCCAGUGACUCACCUGUGCUUAACAACGGCAAGAAAGAUGCUCAGUCCAAAACCAAAACCUCCUCUUCCUAGCACUGAGAGACACAGAGGGUGAACAAUCUAGGGUGAAAGUCACCAGCGGACAUCUAAAGGACAUCGUUGAUGCAAACUUCAACCUCUUGCCUGGGAUCUGAACCUGAAGCUUUCUGGUGUUAAAGCGUCCAUGCAGGGAGAAGUUUGAGAAGGGGGAAGUCCCCCUUUUUUCUUCUUAGACCUCUACCACACCAGCUCUCCACCUUCUUAUUAAAGAGCGCUCUACGGUCAGCUGAACCUGGGGUGUAUAAGCAAUAACUCAGUAUAGAGCUGAACAGUGGCCUAGUGUUUUAAAGCAUGUCACCACAGCCUGUUUCACCAGCUGGAAGGACGCCCUCCAGCCGUCAUGCCAGCGAGAAUUCCUCCGGUCAACCAAAUAUCCCAGCAAGGUCUUCCUGGUUUCGCCGUGAUGGGUGCAAUGAGAAAAUCUGCACAUUUUUCACAAAUGGCUUUUUAUUUCCCUGCAGGGUUUUCUGCUAAUGUUAGCUUGACACAAAGCCAUGUUAAAGUAAGGCUGUCACACUGUUUCAUUUCUACAGCCAUCUGCUCUGUCCACAUCUUCCGUUUGCGUCAGCGACUUUCAGAGAUGGCCUAGAUCUUGUCAGCCAUGUUUGUGUGUGUGUGUCUAAACAUAUGAAACUUCUUUUCCCUCAUCUUUAGCACCAUUUGAUUUGUGAUCUGGUGUUCUUAAGUACAAAACUUAAAUCUGUGAU